CCAGUUUCGUUCUUUCCGUUCAUCUCGUUUUCGCAUUGCCAAGGCAGCUGUGCUCGCCCAUACAAUCUUUCCAUCCAACUACCUAUACGACUUAGCUCUAUACUCUACAACCCGUCUCUGAUCGUUCAAGAUGCGCUUUUCAUCGGCCAUCCUCACCUCAGUUCUCGCGGUUUCGUCGCUUGUGUCCGCUGUGCCCACGCAACGUAGGCCAUCGAACACGAAGAUGUUGACCCCCAGGCCGAAGACCAACGCUGCUGGUGCGGCCUACUUCAUCACGAACGAGGGAAAGGGAAACAUGAUCAUUGCCGCAAGUAUCAGCGCGGACGGUACCUUGAGCCUCGACAGGGCCGUUUCCACCGGUGGAAGCGGGGCGCACGGUCAGACCGACCCCAUCGGCCCCGACGCUCUCUUCGCCCAGGGUUCUAUCAAAGCUUCUGCGAAAGGCCAGGUCCUCGCUGCGGUGAAUGCCGGGUCGAACACCAUCUCCCUGUUCUCGAUCAACCCCAAGUCACCCGCGGCUAUCAGCCAGAUCGGCGCUCCCGCCCCGUCUCAGGGCGAGUUCCCGAUCUCAGUCGCGUUCAACGCAGACGGCACCCGCCUCUGCGCGCUCAACGGCGGCAAAGUCAACGGCGUCGCCUGCUACAACGUCGACAAGCAGGCCGGCCUCAAGCCGAUCGCGAACUCGCAGCGCUCGCUCAACCUCAACCAGACCACGCCCGCGACGGGCCCCGCCGGCUCGGCCUCGCACGUCAUCUUCAGCGAGGACGGCUCGCAGCUCCUCGCGUCCGUCAAGGGCGUGCCACCCACGCCCGGCUUCAUCGCCGUGUGGGACGUCCAGGCCGACGGCUCGCUCUCGGCGGACUUCAAGAGCGUCGCGCCGCCGUCCGGCGGCGCCCUGCCGUUCUCGAUGACCCUCAUCCCCGGGAAGAACGCGUUGCUCUCGACCGACCCGGCCCUUGGCUUCGACGUGUUCGACUUGGGCAGCGGGAACGCAUCGUCGGCGGUCCCGAUCACCGGCCAGAGCGCGACGUGCUGGUCAAGUUUCAGCAAAAAGACGGGCAACUUCUACCUCACCGACAUCGGCACCUCAACCGUCACUGAGGUCAACGUCGACGCCAACCUCAAGGCCUCCAUCGUCGCGCAAUACAGCCAGACCGCGGGCUCUGCGACGAUUGACAAUGACAUCGCUACGAUCAAGGGAAACGACUUCCUCUACGUGCUUGCGCCCAACGCCACGCAGGUCGACGUCCUUUCCCUUCAGUCUGCUGGUAACGCCAAGCACAUCAGCACCCUGGACAUCUCCGGCCCCACCAAGGCCGCUGGUGUGACCAUCAACCCGGCCAACCUCCAGGGCUUCACCACCUUCAUCAAGCAGUGAAGGGCUGAUCGUUCCCUUAUCCAUUGUUCAUCGUCCGUUCCUCAAUGCUCGCCCAGCUUAUGGUCCCGGUUGUUUCUUCCUGUCUGUUCUCGGUCCUGGUUCUUGAUGAUCCACUGCACCUGUAGUCAUUAGAGUUUCACUCUCGUUGGUUUUUCGGAUGUAUCCCUAGUCACAUUCAUACAUAUACAAGUGGGGAAGUCACUUGAAUCGC